AGAGCGCUUUCAGAAACAAUGGGUGACAUUCUCGACCUCAACCUCAGCGGAUGGGGAAGUUUGAACAGGAGUUUCACGGGUCUCCACAAGUUCAGCAGUCUGGAGGACAUCGAUGUGAGUGCUGACGGAAGCCUCGUCCUGAGGAUCAUCAUCUCGGCUGUUUACUCCGCGGUGUGCGCCGUGGGUUUGGUCGGGAAUCUUCUGGUGUUUUUCCUGAUGAAGAUCAGACAAGGACGAAAGAAAUCCAUCAUUAAUUUCUUUGUCAUCAAUUUAGCUGUCACCGACUUCCAGUUCGUUCUGACCUUGCCCUUCUGGGCAGUGGAUACGGUGUUGGAUUUCAGCUGGCCGUUUGGUAACGCGAUGUGCAAGAUCAUUUUAUCAGUCACUGUGAUGAACAUGUACGCGAGCGUGUUCUUCCUCACCGCGAUGAGCAUCACGCGCUACUGGUCUGUCGCGUCCGCCUUAAAAAUCCCGUCUCGAACGAAGUGUGUGUCAGUGAAGUGGAUCUGCGCGGUGUUGUGGAUCCUGGCGACUGUAGCAACAGCUCCAACAUCUAUUUUCUCCACCGUGACAGUUGUGGCAGGUGAAAAACUCUGUCUCCUCAAGUUUCCAGAAGGACACGAUUGGCUCGCGUUGUAUCACCUUCAGAAAAUUGUCAUUGCGUUUAUCAUGCCCAUGUUCAUCCUCUCAGUGUGUUAUCUUUUACUUCUGAGGUUUAUCCGAAAGAGAGGCGCUAAUACCCAUCAGAGAAGACGAUCUAAAGUUGCCAGGUCUGUAACGGUUGUGGUGCUCUCGUUCUUCAUCUGCUGGAUGCCGAACCAUGCGAUCACUCUGUGGGGAGUUCUGGUGAAACUCAACGUCGUGCACUGGGACAAGUCGUACUACAUGGUUCAUACUUACGUUUUCCCCGUGACUGUUUGUCUUGCCCAUACUAACAGCUGCUUAAACCCAGUCUUGUAUUGUUUAAUGCGCCGGGAGUUUAGGAAAAUGUUACAUAGUUUAUUUUGGCGCGUCUCGUCACCUGUUCUUUCGAACGUUGGGAAACUCCAUGGAUGCAGUGGAGGAAGCAACCAAACACACGAUGGCGCGCAUAUUAGGAUUCAUUUAAACGUGAUUGACGCACAACUCUGCCAACAAUCCAGACAAUAAUAG